AUGGAAAAGUGUCGUGAUAUGCGAUUUACAACUACAAAGCCAUUAGCAGAACUUUGGGGUAUGAAUGCUGUUUAUUUCAUGAUAUCAACCCGGAAUCGAAUAAAGCCCCCUCCGUCUGCAUAUCGGUUUUUGGCAAAACCCCUGGAAACACAACACUUGAAUUUGAUCGUGAUCGUAACCUCAAGUUCAAAUGUAAAUCAGGCGAUCGGUCGAUCAGAUGCGAAUCUUCAUUUCUCCACUUUGUUCGAGGCCAGCCUGGGCCAGUCGAUUCCAUUCGAGGUCAGUCAAGGCCUUUGCUACAAGUCGAGGCCUCUGGAAACUCAUCGAGUCGAGGAUGAAAACUCGACUCGACUCGACUCGACUCGAUUGCUGUGCCUCACCCUAUCUUGGCUGCGAGAAAGAUUCCCCAUGCAGAAACUCACCGUGGCGUGGAACAAGUGGGAGAUGGACAAUCAUGAGGUGCAUGGCUGA